GAAUUUUGUAAAUCUGCUAAAGAUGCAGCUAAAAUGUUGCAUUUGUAUUUUUCCGCGCCGAAACCAUUUUCUUCCUUUGGAUCACACAUGUUUCCGGAAGUGGCGAAAUGGCGCAUGCGUAAGAAAAUUCUACGUUCCGGGAACGCCGUUCUUUCUGCGAACUGAUCGACGCCAGCAGACGUAAAUUCAAACUAUUACAAAAUCGUGGUAUCGAAUCACCAGGUUUUGUGUCAUACUGCGAUUUGUGCGUAAUCACCGUGAUCGCGAAUCGCAUUUUCUUCGCGAUCUUGCAUGGGACAUUGUCUAAUUCAAGCUUAGGAAAUAGCUGUUUGUUUUAUCAAUGAAACCAGAUCUGACAUGUCUUACACUGAGUUGGAACACGGUUAUCAGGGUCUCAAAAAUGCAAGCAGACCAAUGUUCUACAUAGGAGAUAUAAAUACGGUGCAAUCGUCUAUUAUUCCUUCAAUCUAUCGUUCGAAAAGACCUGAAUUGCCAGAAGGUUGCACCCAAGAUGAUGCUUACAGCGGUAGCGAUGCGGAAGGAGAAGGAAAGCAAGUCCUGGUCGGGAUAUGCGCAAUGGCGAAGAAAUCGCAGAGUAAGCCGAUGAAAGAGAUUUUAACGAGGCUCGAGGAAUUCGAGUAUAUCAAAAUUGUUGUGUUUCCGGAAGAAGUGAUAUUGAAGGAGUCUGUUGAAAAUUGGCCUAUAGUCGAUUGCUUGAUAAGUUUCCACAGUAAAGGCUUCCCUCUUGAUAAAGCUAUAAAUUACGCGAACUUACGUAAUCCGUUUAUCAUUAACAAUCUUCCGAUGCAGUAUGACAUCCAGGACCGGCGAAGAGUUUACGCCAUACUGGAGAGCGAGGGUAUCGAAAUUCCACGGUAUGCCGUACUUGACAGAGAUUCACUGGACCCAAAACAGCACGAACUGGUGGAAUCGGAGGAUCACGUGGAGGUGAACGGUAUUACUUUCAACAAGCCAUUCGUGGAGAAACCAGUAUCGGCUGAAGAUCACAACAUUUACAUUUAUUAUCCUACCUCGGCUGGAGGCGGUAGUCAGAGAUUAUUUAGAAAGAUAGGUAGUCGUAGUAGCGUAUAUUCGCCGGAAUCUCGCGUCCGCAAGAGUGGUUCUUAUAUCUACGAAGAUUUUAUGCCCACCGAUGGCACCGACGUUAAAGUUUACACCGUGGGACCUGAUUACGCACACGCCGAAGCGAGAAAGAGCCCGGCACUCGACGGCAAAGUCGAGAGAGACUCAGAGGGCAAGGAGAUACGUUAUCCGGUGAUACUGAACAAUGCCGAGAAACUUAUUAGCAGAAAAGUGUGUUUGGCUUUCAAGCAAACGGUGUGCGGUUUCGAUUUGCUGAGAGCGAACGGUCAGUCGUUCGUGUGCGACGUGAAUGGAUUUAGUUUUGUAAAAAACUCGAAUAAGUAUUACGAUGACUGUGCCAAGAUUUUGGGGAAUAUGAUACUGAGGGAAUUGGCACCCACAUUACACAUUCCGUGGAGCGUUCCCUUUCAGUUGGACGAUCCUCCCAUUGUGCCAACUACAUUCGGCAAAAUGAUGGAGCUGCGCUGCGUUGUGGCGGUUAUCAGACACGGCGACAGAACGCCAAAGCAGAAAAUGAAGGUGGAAGUGCGUCAUCCCAAAUUUUUCGAGAUAUUCUCAAAGUACGACGGCUACAAGCACGGCCAUGUGAAACUGAAGCGACCCAAGCAACUGCAAGAGAUUCUCGAUACAGCACGUAGUUUAUUAGCCGAGAUACAGCAUCGCGCAGCGGGACCCGAGUUGGAAGAAAAGCAGGGAAAGCUGGAGCAGCUGAAGAGUGUUUUGGAAAUGUACGGACAUUUUUCUGGAAUAAAUCGCAAGGUGCAGUUGAAGUAUCAACCGCGGGGGCGACCGCGAGGAAGUUCUUCCGACGACGGUAGCGAUCUUAAUCGACUUGGGGAACCAUCUCUCGUCCUGAUACUGAAGUGGGGCGGGGAAUUGACGCCAGCUGGACGUAUUCAAGCGGAAGAACUGGGACGCAUAUUCCGCUGCAUGUACCCCGGUGGUCAAGGUAGACACCUUAGUGGUGAAUACGCAGGUGCGCAAGGACUGGGUUUGUUACGUCUGCAUUCCACAUUUCGCCAUGAUUUGAAGAUCUAUGCUAGCGACGAGGGGCGCGUUCAGAUGACCGCGGCGGCCUUCGCGAAAGGAUUACUCGCGCUGGAGGGCGAGCUGACGCCUAUUCUGGUGCAAAUGGUGAAAAGUGCGAACACCAACGGCCUUCUGGACAACGACUGCGACAGCAGCAAGUAUCAGAACAUGGUGAAAACACGUCUGCACGAGUUGCUACAACAGGACAGGGAGUUCACUCGCGAGGAUCGGGAACAAAUCAAUCCAGGAAACGCAUUGAGCAUCAAUGCGGCUUUAGACUUCGUCAAGAAUCCGGUCCGGUGCUGCCAGCACGUUCACAGUCUCAUCCAGAAACUUCUGGACAUCGUGCGCAUUAAGAAAGAAGAUCCGAAGACGAAGGACACGAUACUUUACCACGGCGAAACGUGGGAGCUAAUGGGACGCCGCUGGGGGAAGAUAGAGAAGGAUUUCUGCACGAAGAACAAGCGCUUCGACAUCUCGAAAAUUCCCGACAUUUACGAUUGCAUAAAGUAUGACUUGCAGCACAAUAAUCAUACGUUGCAAUUUGAACACGCGGAAGAAUUGUACACGUAUGCUAAAUCUUUGGCGGAUAUAGUAAUUCCUCAGGAAUAUGGUUUAACGGUUCAAGAGAAAUUAACUAUCGGGCAAGGUAUUUGCACACCUUUGCUAAAGAAGAUACGAGCUGAUCUGCAACGAAAUAUCGAGGAAUCUGAAGAGACCGUCAACAGGCUUAAUCCUAGGUAUUCCCACGGUGUUUCGAGCCCUGGGCGCCAUGUGCGUACGAGAUUAUAUUUCACAAGUGAGAGCCACGUACAUUCCUUGCUUACUGUGUUGCGUUAUGGCGGCUUACUUGAUGUGGUGAAAGACGAGCAGUGGCGACGCGCGAUGGAAUACGUCAGUAUGGUCUCCGAGUUGAAUUACAUGUCGCAAAUCGUCGUUAUGCUGUACGAGGACCCGACCAAGGAUCCAAGCAGCGAGGAACGUUUCCACGUCGAGUUACACUUCAGUCCCGGCGUCAACUGCUGCGUGCAAAAGAAUCUGCCGCCUGGCCCCGGAUUCAGGCCACAUUCGCGGAAUGAGAGCAGCCAUAAUAUGGGGGAGAGUGGUGGUUCUGGUCAGGAUACCAGUUCGCAAUGCAGCACUCGGAUAGAAGAGGAGGAUGCGGAAUUGGGAAUUAUGGAGGAUGAAAUUGUAAAUCCCGCGGCACAAGCUGACACACCUCCACCAUUAGUUGAAUCCGACGCCGUGGACUCAAUGCUGGACAGUCCGACGACCAGUCGCGCAAUUGACAUGAUGGAUCUGGAUCCGAAUAUGAUGGACGAACCAUAUGACAGCGGAUUUUUACAGAGCUCAGCGCCGAUUCCUAUUAGUGCUAGAACCGUGGCUGGACACGAAGCCGCCAGGCUCAGCAGUCAAUUGGCAGCGAGUCAACGGCAACGGCGAAGCAGAGAGACGGGUGGAACCAUCGUGGAACCGCGCGCGCGAAGCUACGAUCAUCAGCGGCAAGAAAAGUCCGAGAAAGCUGCGGACAAGCUGCAGUAUCAGAGCUUGGACGCGGUCAACAAAGAAGCUGCGGAGCCGACUCCGAGGAAAUGCCGUGACGACCGGCGGAUGUGCACGUGUCCGAGAAAACCGGUGGCGCUAUCGCAGUCGUACAGCUCGCCGGAGCUGCCGGUUUCGUCGAACGAGAGCUUCGCUUCCACGUGCACUGCGCGCGACGGUAGACAGCCAUCACCCGCGGCAAUCACCUCUAGCUCGCUGCACGUUUCGUCGUCCUCUAGCGGCUCGCGGACUGUCACCGAGUACAGGUGGCGACCGUGCCACGACAGAAAGUACGAACGCUCGUUCUCCGAAGUGACCUUGCUCAGACCCGUCCAGAUCUGCGACACGCGACCUCGGAUCAUUCAACCUGAUCCUGCCUGCACAGCAAGGCGCCACCGUCACAGUAUCUCCGGACAGAUGAGUUAUUUCAAGCUGUUGGGCUACAAUGUCAGCAAGAAGCUCACCGGCUCGGCCAACAGCCUGUUCAGCACUGCCGUAAUAAGUGGCUCCUCGAGCGCGCCGAAUCUCAAAGACAUGGUGCCGCCGCACGCAUCGGCGGUCGCCGCGAUUGAAGGCUUUGGCGGGGUGCCGCCUAUCAGACCCCUGGAGACCCUGCACAACGCGUUGUCGCUACGCCAGCUGGACUCGUUUCUGGAUAUGAUGAGGAUCAGUCGCGAGUACCACUCUUCCGACACGGAAGCUGUCAGGUACAUCAUGCCGACUCCGAUACAGUACAAGCCUCUAGGCGAAGCGGAAGCAUGUGACACCAGGAAUCUGCCGUCGCCCACCAGUCCGAACAGCACAGGAUGGAGCAGCGAGCCGCAGUCCUUCCUGUCUUCCGAGCCGUCGUCACCGGCGCCAACGUCGACGGGCGAAUGCAGUAUGUCUAUAAGUUUAAUCAGCAACGAUGGUGCUCAACUGUUUAACACCGCGCGGAAAUACUCCCCGACUCCUUGCCUGGACGUCGAUUUUAACGAAUUUUGUAUGCGUCUCGAUGAGAACCGCGAGAGUCGCGGCAGUGUUUCAUAUACGGAUUAUUACAGCAACGAGGAUGGUCAGAUACGUAAAUUGGCGCAAUUGCCGCAAGUGAUACAGUCAGGUGCCGGUAGCGCGCAGACGAAGCUCGUGUGCGGCGACGAUCUUCCGUGCGACAAUAUCGACGACGACGAGGAUCACACGUUGACUCUGAAGCAGAGCGAGGAGCAAAAGAAGCAGGACGUUAAAUCGAUAUUCGAGCAGAGGGACGACGUUAAUCCCGCGAAACUCAGCAGCAGCUACAAGAAGAUCGGACGUUUUCGUGUGGAAAGUACGGAUGUAUCGCGUGGCGAUGUCAGAUUCAAAGAGACCGACAACAACGCUUCCGACAGAGCGAAACCGCCCACGCCUCAGAAAUCCGACGCUUCCACCGGGAAGUCCACCGCGGAAAAGGCGAGGAAGGACUUCAAAAAGGGCGGCAGUCCGCACACGUCUCAGAAGCGGAAGAAUUUCUCGCGCUCGCAGAGCGUCACGACUCCCAAACCCGUCGCACCGAAAGUCGAGCAGAAUUUCAGUUAUUCGAGGCAGAGCUCAUUUUCGACCAUGUCUGAUGCGGAUCUGGAGGAUUGGAAAUUGAGCACACUGGAUUCAACCGCGUCGCAUUCGCCGAGCCAGCAAAAGGAACCUAUAUUAACUGUGGCCAGCAGUCUUACGGAUAGCUCUAACAUCACAGUCGGCUUCGAUGUACCUGCCAUUUAUUUCGGAUUUUUGCGCAGUUUGCGUCCCCUGGACCGACCGAUUCUCUCAGAUGAAAUCUAUUCGCGACAGGUAAUCGCGGCGGAGAUGUCGCAGUACGUUGGCGGUGAGAUCGGCAGUUACCCGAUGUGGGAUAGUGCUGUCUUGUAUCAGGCACAGCCGCCUACUCAUCCACAUGUGAACGAGCACGGAUUAUACAGGCAGCCUUGCGCACUGUUACACCAAAGUCGUUAUACACCAAACGGUCGUUCACCAAAUUUGCCGUCGUCGACGACGAAGAAACCGAGACGUCGAGUGGCGACGGUAUCCCAGAGAAGAGCAGCAAAUAUUCGGGAAAGGCGCAGGAUGUUCAAUCUGAACGAAGCUUUCGAUAAACUGCGAAGAAAGGUACCGACAUUUGCUUACGAGAAGCGACUUUCGAGAAUCGAAACGCUGCGCUUGGCUAUCACGUACAUCGCUUUCAUGGGAGAAUUACUGGGUAUCGAGCCGAGCAGUCCGAAGCCGGAGUACAUACCGCGAGAAUACUACUUGCCGAAUUGAAAUCUCCUCCUUUUCUUGUCGUACAGAACAAGACGUUUACAAAUCAAUGCGAGCAGAUAUUCUAUCAGCGCUUAAGCUCUUUAGCCGGCGCGAAAGUCUUCCAUUAUUAAUCAGUCUUCCAUUAUUAAUUAGUACUAGAUAUAGCGUUAAAUUAAGAUGAAAUUUAACACAUGUCCGUAUAUGAUGGCCAUUUCUAUGUGCGUUCUCACGUAAUCCCACUCAAUCCUUUUCUCCAAGGAUCUCCAUUUAUUAAUCUUUUCGAUACUGUAUUCUUCGACAUUGCUCACAAAUUAUUACGUGUAAAAAGAAUAUAAAAAUGGAAUUUUUAAACUUCAAUCAAACUUUUCCAGUCUCUUGUAAAACAUUUGUUCUAAGAGUAUCGAAGAGGUUAAAAUCUGUUUCAUUCGAAUCUUUUCUCAUAUUAUACAAACAAUAUUCUUGUCACUUGUCGCUUUAUUAUUACCUUAAUUCUUGCGAAUCUCCUGCGAUUAGAGGAGAUAAUUGCGAUACUAACAAUAAGCGAUAAUAUUAAAUCCAAUUUCUCUGUGUCUUCCAAUAUUCGUAAAUAAAUUACACUAUGUCAUAA